UGGGCUUGGGAAGUCCUCCCUCUGUCCCCGCCUUUACACCACGGCGAUUGGCUGCAGUGCGAGGGAGCGCCUCGCCCAUUGGCUGGAGCCGCGUCAGCGCGCACCGGGCGCCGCCGCCGCCAUGGUUCGGUUCAAGAACAGGUACGUGCUGUGCGAGGUGGUGUCGGAGGACCCGCAGUGCCGGCAGUGCAUCGAGGACCGCGCCGUGGGCCUCGCCGUGAGGGACGCCAUCGGCAGGGUGCACGGGGACUUCGGGCUGGCCUGCUGCUCCAUCUCCUUCACAGUGAAGUACCUGAACGCCUACACCGGGACCGUGCUGCUGCGCUGCCGCAAGGACUCGUACCGGCUGCUCUGCUCCGCGCUCCCCUUCGUGAGGCAGCUGGAGAGCCGCAACCAGCGGUACCCCUGCUUCCUCAACACGCUGCACGUCGGAGGUACCAUCAGAACAUGUCAGAAAUUCCUAAUUGAGUAUAACAGAAGACAGCUGCUGCUGUUGCUGCAAAGCUGUACAAACGAAGUUGAGAAUAGUCCAGUGUAUGUGAAGAGAUCAAAUAUUGAGCCUGCGUUGCUGUCUUUAUUGCAGAGGAAAGACGGUGUGUACAGAAGUCCCUGUUGAGCUGUUCCCUUACAGAAGAGCCAUGUCUAAGUGGAAAUGAUGAUGGCACAGAGACAGACUGAACAUUACUUGUUACUGCUCAUCUGUGUCCUGUACUUGUGUGAUCAAGUUAUCCUCAGAGUUAAGCAAAGCAAAGGACGGAAAAGGCACCUGUUCAUAUUCAGACUUCAUCCCCCUAUUCUAAGUGUUUUUAGAUAAAUUAAAAUAAAAUAGUUUUUACUUAA